AAAAUUCUUAGGCUGACAAAAAAGGCACCGCAACUCUGAACCGUCGAUCACUAAAUCCAACGGCACAUGAAAAACCCUAAUCUCAAGACACCACCUGAACUUGAUUUAUAAGCUCCUCAUCGCCUCUCUUCACUCUCUCGCUCUUAUUCCUCUCAGCGUUCUCCAGUCCAGAGUCCUCUCCGUCUCUCUCUUUCCCUGCAUCUCGUUAUUGAUUUUAUUGAAUAGAAUGGGUAAGGAGAAGGUUCACAUUAACAUUGUGGUCAUUGGCCACGUCGACUCUGGUAAGUCGACCACUACUGGUCACUUGAUCUACAAGCUUGGAGGAAUUGACAAGCGUGUUAUUGAGAGGUUUGAGAAAGAAGCUGCUGAAAUGAACAAGAGGUCAUUCAAGUAUGCCUGGGUGCUUGACAAGCUCAAAGCUGAGAGGGAACGUGGUAUCACCAUUGAUAUUGCCUUGUGGAAAUUUGAGACCACCAAGUACUACUGCACUGUCAUUGAUGCCCCUGGACAUCGUGACUUUAUCAAAAACAUGAUUACUGGUACCUCACAGGCAGAUUGUGCUGUCCUCAUCAUUGACUCCACCACUGGUGGUUUUGAGGCUGGUAUUUCCAAGGAUGGACAGACCCGUGAGCAUGCUUUGCUUGCUUUCACCCUUGGUGUGCGGCAAAUGAUUUGCUGCUGUAACAAGAUGGAUGCCACUACCCCCAAAUACUCGAAGGCCAGGUACGAUGAAAUUGUGAAGGAAGUCUCAUCCUACAUGAAGAAGGUGGGAUACAACCCUGACAAGAUUCCAUUUGUUCCCAUCUCUGGUUUUGAGGGAGACAACAUGAUUGAGAGGUCAACCAACCUUGACUGGUACAAGGGACCAACCCUCCUUGAGGCACUUGACCUGAUCCAUGAGCCCAAGAGGCCAUCUGACAAGCCCCUCCGACUUCCACUUCAGGAUGUGUACAAGAUUGGUGGUAUUGGUACUGUCCCUGUGGGUCGUGUGGAGACUGGUGUCCUGAAGCCCGGUAUGGUUGUUACAUUUGGACCUUCUGGUCUUACCACUGAAGUUAAGUCUGUUGAAAUGCACCACGAAGCCCUUCAGGAGGCACUUCCUGGUGACAAUGUUGGGUUCAAUGUGAAGAACGUUGCUGUGAAGGAUCUUAAGCGUGGUUAUGUUGCCUCAAACUCUAAGGAUGACCCAGCCAAAGGAGCUGCGAGCUUCACCUCUCAGGUCAUCAUCAUGAACCACCCUGGACAGAUCGGUAAUGGAUAUGCUCCUGUGCUGGACUGCCACACCUCCCACAUUGCAGUCAAGUUUGCUGAGCUUUUGACCAAGAUUGAUAGACGGUCUGGUAAGGAGCUGGAGAAGGAGCCCAAGUUCCUGAAGAAUGGUGAUGCUGGUAUGGUGAAGAUGCUUCCCACCAAGCCCAUGGUUGUUGAAACCUUCUCUGAGUACCCACCACUUGGUCGUUUUGCUGUGAGGGACAUGAGACAAACGGUUGCAGUUGGUGUUAUCAAGAAUGUUGACAAGAAGGACCCAACUGGUGCCAAGGUUACCAAGGCUGCUCAGAAGAAGAAGGCUCCUCAUUGCCUCUCUUUGGUCUCUCCCUCAUUCGGACUCUCAUUAAGUCUUCUCAAGGCCAGAGUCCUCCCUUUCACUCUCUCUCUAUCUUUCCCUGCAUCUCGAUAUCGGUAUUUUUUAUUAAAUAGGAUGGGUAAGGAGAAGGUUCACAUUAACAUUGUGGUCAUUGGCCAUGUCGACUCUGGUAAGUCGACCACUACUGGUCACUUGAUCUACAAGCUUGGAGGAAUUGACAAGCGUGUUAUUGAGAGGUUUGAGAAAGAAGCUGCUGAAAUGAACAAGAGGUCAUUCAAGUAUGCCUGGGUGCUUGACAAGCUCAAAGCUGAGAGGGAACGUGGUAUCACCAUUGAUAUUGCCUUGUGGAAAUUUGAGACCACCAAGUACUACUGCACUGUCAUUGAUGCCCCUGGACAUCGUGACUUCAUCAAAAACAUGAUUACUGGUACCUCACAGGCAGAUUGCGCUGUCCUCAUCAUUGACUCCACCACUGGUGGUUUUGAGGCUGGUAUUUCCAAGGAUGGACAGACCCGUGAGCAUGCUUUGCUUGCUUUCACCCUUGGUGUGAGGCAAAUGAUUUGCUGCUGUAACAAGAUGGAUGCCACUACCCCCAAAUACUCGAAGGCCAGGUACGAUGAAAUUGUGAAGGAAGUCUCAUCCUACAUGAAGAAGGUGGGAUACAACCCUGACAAGAUUCCAUUUGUUCCCAUCUCUGGUUUUGAGGGAGACAACAUGAUUGAGAGGUCAACCAACCUUGACUGGUACAAGGGACCAACCCUCCUUGAGGCACUUGACCUGAUCCAUGAGCCCAAGAGGCCAUCUGACAAGCCCCUCCGACUUCCACUUCAGGAUGUGUACAAGAUUGGUGGUAUUGGUACUGUCCCUGUGGGUCGUGUGGAGACUGGUGUCCUGAAGCCGGGUAUGGUUGUUACAUUUGGACCUUCUGGUCUUACCACUGAAGUUAAGUCUGUUGAAAUGCACCACGAAGCCCUUCAGGAGGCACUUCCCGGUGACAAUGUUGGGUUCAAUGUGAAGAACGUUGCUGUGAAGGAUCUUAAGCGUGGGUAUGUUGCCUCAAACUCUAAGGAUGACCCAGCCAAAGGAGCUGCGAGCUUCACCUCUCAGGUCAUCAUCAUGAACCACCCUGGGCAGAUCGGUAAUGGAUAUGCUCCCGUGCUGGACUGCCACACCUCCCACAUUGCAGUCAAGUUUGCUGAACUUUUGACCAAGAUUGAUAGACGGUCUGGUAAGGAGCUGGAGAAGGAGCCCAAGUUCCUGAAGAAUGGUGAUGCUGGUAUGGUGAAGAUGCUUCCCACCAAGCCCAUGGUUGUUGAAACCUUCUCUGAGUACCCACCACUUGGUCGUUUUGCUGUGAGGGACAUGAGACAAACGGUUGCAGUUGGUGUUAUCAAGAAUGUUGACAAGAAGGACCCAACUGGUGCCAAGGUUACCAAGGCUGCUCAGAAGAAGAAGUGAGCAUGUGUUUUUUAAUGAGAAUUUCUCCUUUGAAGGAGCGCCUGUUUUAUUUGCUUUAAUUGGUUAAAUUUUGAUAAACUUUAGACUCUUUCUGGUAUGGCCCUUUGUAAGACUUUCUGAUAUGGCUCUGGUUAGUCAUUCCAUUAUGCCCUGCAACCAAUAGUUCUUAUAUUUGUUGAGCAAUUUUGGUUUACUUGGUUGCUGAAUGGGUUAUGAUGGUAAGCUUUCUGGAUGUCAUUUAUUAUACCCAUCUGCUAUUUUCGAUGAGGGCAAGACUAUUGUGGGUAAACAGUUACAAUUACGUGUGUGUUUUU